CACAUUCCUGCUGACAGCAGAGAUUCUCCUGCGCGUGUCAGCUGACAGCUUGUGUGAUGCUAGCACGUUAGCGUCGGGGCUUGGCAGGAAGAUACUGUGGCAGUUCACUGUAGCGAGUGCUGCGUUUUCACUCUUUAAUAAUUAGUUUGACAAAGGGAAAUCGGUGGAAGUCGUUUUGUGUGACACCGGGUGACGUCACCAAAAGGAGAGGGACGAGGUUUAUUAUGAAACAGACUACAGGUUUCAUUUAGCACUAGCUAGCUAGCAGCUGGGAAGCUACAUCUUCCUAGCAACCCUAGCUAGCUAGCUAGCAGCUGGGAAGCUACAUCUUCCUAGCAACCCUAGCUAGCUAGCUAGCAGCUGGGAAGCUACAUCUUCCUAGCAACCCUAGCUAGCUAGCUAGCAGCUGGGAAGCUACAUCUUCCUAGUAACCCUAGCUAGCUAGCAGCCGGGAAGCUACAUCUUCCUAGCAACCCUAGCUAGCUAGCGGCAGCAGGCCAGCUCUUCAUGGCGAGCCUCGGGGAGCGAGCCGAGCCGGCGCACUGACCGCGAACGUACGCGCUAAUUAAAUGGCAACAACCGAGCGGGGCAAUGGACGCGACUUUCUUCGCGGGAGCGCCGCCGAGGAGCUGACGGAUAACGGGAAGAGCGACACCGGGGCGAACGGCAGCGCCGCGCGACGGGAGGAAGUGGUGGACAAGUACGGAUUCACCGGCGGAGCGCAGCAGCACGGAGGAGACGCUGCAGAAGAAAUCCCCAUUGAGGUGCUGAGGGAACGGGAGGCAAAAUGGCUGGAAAUGCUGAACAGCUGGGACAAGUGGAUGGCCAAAAAACACAAGAAGGUGAAGGAGCGCUGUCAGAAGGGGAUCCCUCCCUCGUUGCGUGGCCGGGCCUGGCUCUACCUCACUGGGGGCAAGGUGAAAAGGGAGCAAAACCGUGGCAGAUUCCAGGAACUGGACGACCAGCCAGGGGAUCCCAAAUGGGUAGAUAUUAUUGAGAGGGACCUUCAUCGGCAGUUUCCCUUCCACGAAAUGUUUUCCGCAAGAGGAGGUCAUGGGCAGCAGGACCUGUUCCGUGUCCUGAAGGCUUAUACUCUGCACCGUCCUGAGGAGGGUUAUUGUCAGGCUCAGGCUCCCGUCGCUGCUGUUCUCUUGAUGCAUAUGCCGGCUGAGGAUGCAUUCUGGGUUCUUGUCCAGAUUUGUGAGAAAUACCUUCCUGGAUACUACAGUACAGGGCUGGAGGCAAUCCAGCUGGACGGGGAGAUCCUGUAUGGCCUGCUGCGGCGGGUGUCCCCCGUGGCCCACGGUCACCUGAAGAAGCACAAGCUGGAGCCCAUCCUGUACAUGACUGAGUGGUUCAUGUGUGCCUUCUCUCGGACUCUGCCGUGGGCCUCGGUGCUGCGUGUCUGGGACAUGUUCCUUUGCGAGGGAGUGAAGAUCCUGUUCAGGGUGGGCCUGGUUCUCCUGAAAUAUAUGUUGGGAGCCCGAGAGAAACUGAAGGCAUGCCAAGGUCUCUAUGAAACAAUGGAGCUGCUCCGAGCUAUACAGCCACAGUACAUGCAAGAAAGGUUCCUUGUGCACGAGAUUAUAGAGUUAUCUGUGUCCGAGAAAGACAUCGAGAGGGAACAUUAUGCUCAGCUGCGGCGCUGGAAUGAGACUCGCGGAGAUCUACACUGCAAGUCGCCUCCCAGGAUGCACGGCGCCAAGGCCAUCAUGUCUGCCGAGCCUCCCAGCCGACAGGACCUCAGACAGAGGCCCACCAUCAUCGUGGAGUCUCCCCUGGCCCCCAAGACAUAUGGGGUGCAAGCGGAGGAUGCAAAGGGAAGUAGAAAGGCUAACAAGGAGCAGCCGAAGAAAACACUCCCGCUGCCGCAGGAGACGGUUAAUCCUUAUCCCCGUCCCAGUGACCCCUCACCUCUUCUCGAACACAUGACCUUACAAAAGUCCAAAGAGAGUCUGAGCAGUGCAGAGCAUGACACUUUCCUGUAGCGGGGUAAGUUUCACACCGGUUUACACGCAAAAACCAUUCCAUUGUAGCCUUUACUCACUCCGCAGCUCUGUCUUACACGUCUCAGCUGUCAAUGACAUGACAAACCUGUCCAUCACUGAGAUUGACUGCACAGUCGUGACAGAGGCUUUUUUUUUGUGCUGUCAUGACACUCCGAGAAAAGUUAUACAAUUUGAAAAUAUUUUUGAACUGUUGCAAAGGUAAUCACAUCUUCGAAUAUAACAAAGUCCAUUGGUUUAUUUUGAAUGCUCAAAACGUUUUCAGUGUCUGUUCAUUUAUUCAGGUUUCCAUUUUCUUUAGGUCAACUAAGUUUAGCCUUAAAGUAAAAGAUUUUUUUAAAUGUAAUGGACCGCGAGAAUGUGUGAGAGCCAGGGAGCAACAGCAGACGGCGACUAUGUGCACUCUCAACACGUUUUAUCAGCAUCUAUGACUGAACAUGAGGACACACACACUCUCUAUCUCACUGUUAACAGCUCCUGCUGCUAUUCACCGCGUAAAGCGAAGCUCUGAUUCUUUCCUUUGACGUAAGUCUGUUUUUGUUUUAAUCGACGAGAUCUUUUCUAGAGCACUUUGCCUUUCUCGUCUUCCUCUUUGCCUACAUUAGUUGCUACGUUGCCAGCAUAGAGAUUUGUAUUCACCUCGCUUUGCUGUACUCAGUCGGUCACACUCAUUUGCAGACCCAAAGUUUAUUAUUUGUCUGUUUUGCACGGUCAGUUGACUUGUUUGACUGCAUCAGUGCGUUUGUCUCUGCUGUUGUCGAACACACGAGGGCGCCGUAACAUUAUCUCUCUGCCUCGGCAGCGACCAGUAGUAGUAGAAAAGCAAAUAAAAAACUGACAUAAGCUGUGUGACUCUCAAUUGAAGGAAGAAAAAAAAGUGUGCAGGGAUAUUUUAUGCCACUAAGCCAAAGAUUUUGAAUGCAUAUUUUUUUGAAAUGUAUAUUUUACAAACAGUUUAUUCAAGGAUAUUGUCGUACAGUAUUUAAUUGUUGUCGAUUUGGGAGAGCAUAGGGUUUAUAUUUAUGUAAUGAAGGAGCUGUAUGUUAAAAAUGCCACGUGGAAGAACGCUAAUCCAGAGAAGUUUUUGUACAAUCAUGAUUAUGGUUUUGCAGAUCUUUAUACUGAAAUAUAUCUGAUGCUAAUUGACAAGAAAGAGAGAGAGAAUUGGGAGAAUUUCUUUUUUUGUUAUUUCUGCUUCCAGAGUAUCUAAACUCCAGUUUAAAUAGUUAAAUAUUAGUUAUCUAUGUUGAAAGCAACAAAAAAAAUCCAAAAUAUACUAACAAAAUAUGAAGUUCAAAUGUAGCUAAUGAUGGGACUAAUUAGCUAAAUUUUAAUUGAUGCACUAGUUUACUCAAUUCAUGCUUUUGCAUGAUUUUUUUCCAGAUUUGUCUUUUCUCUUCCUCCAUGUGAAGGACUUUUAUUUUUAAAAAAAAAUAAAAGUAAAGGGAACCUUAAACUUUUUAAAUGAACAAAUAGUUUGUGUAGAUACUCAUUUUAUUUGGGACGUUGCAAAUGAAGAAAUUAUUUCGAAAGAAGUAGAUUAAUAGGCAAUCAGCAUUUAAUGGCCCAGUCCUGGAAAUCCAGUUUUUGUCAAAGUUUUUAUAAAUGAUUUAGGGUAUUGUGUUGAUUAAAAAUAAAAAUGCGGACAUUUUAUUAAAAAAAUGCUACGGGUUUAUUUUUUGCUAUUAGGAAGCACCGUUUACCUGCUGUGUUUCUCUGCAGCUGUUCAUAUUUAGAUUUAAAUCGUUUCUUUAUCUGCAGAGUUUUCACUCUGACCUUUGUGCUCUGUCGUGUAGACAGUGCCAUUGUGCUUCAUCCAGGGAUUAGAGCAAAAAUAGCUGAUCAGAUAUUCUGAAGGAUGCAGGCUAAUAUACCGGAGGCGGUUUGCCAUCCGAGGACGUUGGUUUUGUGAGAUUCUGUUUCAGUAUUCAUCGAAAAUAUUUAAAAAGGUAUUAUAGAUUAAGCCUGGGGCUUGUAAUUGUGCAACUUCUGCUGUUUUAAUCAGUAUAUAGGACUUUUUUUUAGAAUCUGAUAUGUACAAGCUGUUUUUGUACCAAAUUACAUUUAAAUCAAUAAAAUCUGAACCUCUUGGAUUUUGCA